AUGAAGAUAGGAUUCAAUGUGAGUAUGCUGAAGGUAAGGAGGAUAGGAUUCAAUGUGAGUAUGCUGAAGGUAAGGAGGAUAGGAUUCUAUGGAAGUAUACUGAAGGUAAUGAGGAUAGGAUUCUAUGGGAGUAUUCUGAAGAGGUUACUGCAAUUACUUGUCCUAGGAGUUGUACAUAAUGUACACGCUAGAAGAUUACAACCUUUCUAUAACUUUGAAUCAUUCAAUAUUCCUACAACAGGUCCACCUCGUGCACUUACAGUCGGAGCAGACUUAGCAAACAGACAAGUUCCAGAAUCAUCGGUGUAUCGAGUACCAGCACCUCCCUCUCCUGAAUAUAGACCAGCUCUAGCUUCUCCAGCUCCCCCAAAAGCGGCUCCAACAGCUGCACCGACUGCUGCACCGACAGCUGCAUCAACAGCUGCACCAACAGCUGCUUCAACAACCGCUCCUGUAUUUGUUCCCAAAGCUAGUUCUGGAUUUGCUCCUGAUGAUAUCCCAAGUUUUUCUCCUGAAGAUUUACCUGUCUUUGCUCCAGAAAAUGAUGUUGGAGAUGCAUCAGAAACCCCUGACAUUACUCCUGACAGUUCUCCUGUUUUUGCUGCCGAAGAUGAACCUGCUUUUACUCCUGAAGCUGUUCCUACAUUUAACCCAGUGGAAACUCCAGUUUUCACUCCUUUAGAAACUCCUGUUUUUAAUUCUGUGGAAACUCCAGUUUUUGUCCCAGAGGACUCUCCAGUUUUCACUCCUUCGGAAACUCCAGUUUUUGUCCCAGCAGAAUCUCCAGUUUUUACUCCAGCGGAAACUCCAGUUUUUGCUCCAGACGAAACUCCAGUUUUCACUCCAGUAGAAUCUCCGGCUUUUGCUCUAGCAGAAAAUCCAGAUUUUGCUUUUGAAGGUCCAGUUUUUGAUUUUCAAGAUGAUCAAAUCUUUGUCCGAGUUGAGACACCUGAAGAUGUCCCUGCUUCCACUAAUGACGAAACUAAUGAAAAUGAAACAGCUUUUUCACCCCAUGAUGCGCCAGUCCUGCAAGAGGCUCCUGUUUUUAUACCCGUUGAAGACCCCAGAGAUGUACCUGUAUUUGUGGCUGGUGAAGACUCUAUUUUUACUUUAGACGAAGCUCCAAUUUUUCCUAUCGAAGAAUCUAUUGCUUCAGUGUUUGAGCCUGAAGAUGAACUAGUUUUUGCUCCUGUAAAUGUUCCUGUAAACGUUCCUGAGAACAAUCUUGGAUCUAUUCCCACAGAACAGGUUUCUCAAGAUUCAAACGAGGAAAAUUUGAUCAGUGAGGUGUUGCUUCCUGUUCAAGAUUUCUCAGAUGAAAUUAGUUUCAAGUUUGAAGAUCCAUUUGUUGCUGAACUUAAAAACGAUGCUGAUACUAUUGAAGACGAAGAUGACACCAUUCCUGAAAUAUCUACAGAAGAAGAAUCAACCCCUGAACCAGUCAGUCCGAUGGAACUCUUACUGAAGGCAAUGCAGAAGCUGAAAGAGAUUGAAGAGAAGCAUGAACAGGAGGUUGCAGAAGAUAACCUAAUUGUCCAGGAGCAAAGUCAAGAAGAGGGAAAUCAUGUGUUUAAUGACGAUAUCAAUGAACUUCUUCAGUCUGCAGGGGAGACUCCUGCUGUUCCCUCGGACGUAGUUCGAAGACAAAUACCAAAAUACAGACAACGAUAUAAUCUCUAUUCAAGACGUAGAGUUUAAUCUGGCUUUGCGGUUCCCAGGAUUCCUUGCUAUAAUCUUAUUUUGCAAACAAGUCCCUAUUUGCAAAU